AUGCUAAUAUCUAAUAAAUGUAUUGCAUAUCUGCUAAUAUUGCUACUUGUUAGAUUGGCUGGGAUGAGGUGCUAUAUACCUGGUAUGAAUACUUAUGAACCAGUAGAAGUAGGUUAUAAUUAUUUGUACAGUAAUCUACCAAUAUAUAAUUCCAAUAAUAUGGAAAGUAUUUUAGCUAAACAAGAUACCAUAGGUCAUAAUAUACAAACUCAAGAUAUAAACCAGCAGUAUAUAGAUACUUUUCAGCAAGAACAUCAAACAAAUGUAAAUUUAAUAGAUAAUCCAAGUAGUUCUUCUGAGUUAAAACAAGAAUAUCAAACGAAUAUAAAUUUAAUAGGUAAUUCAAGUGGUUCCUCUGAGUUAAAGGAAGAAUAUCAAACAAAUAUAAAUUUAAUAGAUAAUUCAAAUGUAUCCUCUGAGGUAAAUCAAUCUUUUUUUAGUAAUUCAAAUAAAGAUGAAUCAGAAUCUGAUAUAGUUAGUGUAUUGAGGAUUAUAAAACGAAUUAAUCUAAAUAAAGAUAAAGAAAAUAAGAAUUAUUCUGGGAAUAAAUGUAAGAUUCAUAUUUUUUUUAGUUAUACAAAUGAAGAAAUUGUUAAUUUUUUAAGAGAGGUAGAGGAGAUUCUUGAUCAUAAAUAUGAAGCAAAAAUUUUAAGUGAGAAUACAGAAAAACUUAAUGAGUUGUUUGACAAACUAUCAGUGGUAACUCAUAUGGAUAUGAAGAUGUGUAGUAGAAUUAUGAAAAAGUGGAUUUCUGUAAUUAUAAUUGAUAAUGAAAUAAAUUUGCUAAGGUCAGAUAGUUUUGUAAUAUGUAAAAAGUAUUUUUCAUUAUUCUCAAAGAAAAUAAGGGGUUUACCUAAACUAAUCUCUUUAAUGAAACAAACAUUCGAUAUAUUCCAAAAUAAAUCAAAAAAGAAGUUAAAUUUGCAUGGAUUUUCUUUGUUAAAUCAGUACUUAGUAUCAACAAAGUUAUUAGAAACAGAAAAAGUAGACUCUUUUGUUAAUCUAACAAUGAUUAGAGCAACUAUACUAACGAUUAAUGAUAUUUUAUCAAAACCUGAAAAAAGUCUUUUUAGUAAGCUUCAUCUGAUUAGAUUGGCUUUGAAACAUAUAAUAUUUAAAUUUGAAAGAAAAGAAUCAGUUCUAAAGGAUAAGGAGCAGAAGAGAUUAUUUAGGACUUAUAGAUUACUUCAUUCCUUUUAUAUUAAAUUUUUUAAGACAAAAAGAGAGUCUAAAUCAGAGAUUGGAAGUUUAAAUCCUUGUACCACUGAAUUUUUUGAUACUGAAAGAAAUAUACAGGGGUUUAAUAUGAAACUUGAAAAAGUAGCAAAUUUGGUUUUUGCGUCAGACAGUAAUGACAGUAAUGAGGCAAAUGAAGGUAAAUAUAGUGAUUUUAGUAUAGAAAUGAAAGAUAAUAUGGAAAGUUUUCUGGCUAUGUUGGCAAAUAUCAAAUAUAGCCUUGUUAAAUAUAGGGAACUGGAAAUAAAAGAUGUUGAUACUUUAGCUCAUCUAUCUUUUAUAAGAGAGAUAACGAUUAAAAGAUUUGUUCAAUCCUAUAUUUUGACUAGUAAAUGUUUUGAUAAACAGGGUAAUAAAUAUAAGAAAUUGGUUAAUAAGGAAAUAGAGGGUAUUAAAUCUGGGUAUAAUUUUUUGGGAGCUUUUCUGUGGCAAGAUAGGUUUAUUGUUGAGAAGAAUCAUCCACUUUAUAUAGAAAGUAAAGAUAACGCCUAA